GGAGGCGGAUCCGGGCGCUGCGUUGGCUGCGGCCCGGCCUGGCACCAAGGGGGCGGCCCCGGCGGAGUGCAGACCCAGUGGCCCCCGGCGAUUAUGGACCCAGCCGAGGCGGUGCUGCAGGAAAAAGCGCUCAAGUUUAUGUGCUCUAUGCCCAGGUCUCUGUGGCUGGGCUGCUCCAGCCUGGCGGACAGCAUGCCUUCGCUGCGAUGCCUGUAUAACCCAGGGACUGGCGCACUCACAGCUUUCCAGAAUUCCUCAGAGAGAGAAGACUGUAAUAAUGGCGAACCCCCUAGGAAGAUAAUACCAGAGAAGAAUUCACUUAGACAGACUUACAACAGCUGUGCCAGACUCUGCUUAAACCAAGAAACAGUAUGUCUAGCAAGCACUGCUAUGAAGACUGAAAAUUGUGUGGCCAAAACAAAACUUGCCAAUGGCACUUCCAGUAUGAUUGUGCCCAAGCAACGAAAACUCUCAGCAAGCUAUGAGAAGGAAAAGGAGCUGUGUGUCAAAUACUUUGAGCAGUGGUCAGAGUCCGAUCAAGUGGAAUUUGUGGAACAUCUUAUAUCCCAAAUGUGUCAUUACCAACAUGGACACAUAAACUCAUACCUUAAACCUAUGCUGCAGAGGGAUUUCAUAACUGCUCUGCCAGCUCGGGGUUUGGACCACAUUGCCGAGAACAUUCUGUCAUACCUGGAUGCCAAAUCGCUAUGUGCUGCUGAACUCGUAUGUAAGGAAUGGUACCGAGUGACCUCUGAUGGCAUGUUAUGGAAGAAGCUCAUUGAGAGAAUGGUCAGGACUGAUUCUCUGUGGAGAGGCCUGGCAGAACGAAGAGGGUGGGGACAGUAUUUAUUCAAAAACAAACCUCCUGAUGGGAAUGCUCCUCCCAACUCCUUUUAUAGAGCACUUUAUCCUAAAAUUAUACAGGACAUUGAGACAAUAGAAUCUAAUUGGAGAUGUGGAAGACACAGUUUACAGAGAAUCCACUGCCGAAGUGAAACAAGCAAAGGAGUUUACUGUUUACAGUAUGAUGAUCAGAAGAUAGUAAGCGGCCUUCGAGACAACACAAUCAAGAUCUGGGAUAAAAGCACGCUGGAAUGCAAGCGAAUUCUCACCGGCCAUACGGGUUCAGUCCUGUGUCUCCAGUAUGAUGAGAGGGUGAUCAUAACUGGGUCAUCGGAUUCCACAGUCAGGGUAUGGGAUGUAAAUACAGGUGAAAUGCUGAACACGUUGAUUCACCAUUGUGAAGCCGUUUUGCACUUGCGUUUCAAUAAUGGCAUGAUGGUGACCUGUUCCAAAGACCGUUCCAUUGCUGUAUGGGAUAUGGCCUCCCCAACUGACAUCACCCUCCGGAGGGUGCUAGUCGGACAUAGAGCUGCUGUCAACGUUGUAGACUUUGAUGACAAGUACAUCGUUUCUGCAUCUGGAGAUAGGACUAUAAAAGUAUGGAACACAAGUACUUGUGAAUUUGUAAGGACCUUAAAUGGACACAAACGUGGCAUUGCCUGUUUGCAGUACAGAGAUAGGCUGGUCGUGAGUGGCUCGUCUGACAACACUAUCAGAUUAUGGGACAUAGAAUGUGGUGCAUGUUUACGGGUGUUGGAAGGCCAUGAGGAACUGGUGCGCUGUAUCCGAUUUGAUAACAAGAGGAUAGUCAGUGGGGCCUAUGAUGGAAAAAUAAAAGUGUGGGAUCUUGUAGCUGCUUUGGACCCCCGUGCUCCUGCAGGGACUCUCUGUCUACGGACCCUUGUGGAGCAUUCUGGAAGAGUUUUCCGACUCCAGUUUGAUGAAUUCCAGAUUGUCAGUAGUUCACAUGAUGACACAAUCCUCAUCUGGGACUUCCUAAAUGAUCCAGCUGCCCAAGCUGAGCCCCCCCGCUCCCCUUCUCGAACAUACACCUAUAUCUCCAGAUAAAUAAUCAUACAGUGACCUCAUACUUGCCCAGGACUCAUUAAAGUUGCGGUAUUUAACAUAUCUGCCAAUACCAGGAUGAGCAACAACAGUAACAAUCAAACUACUACCCACUUCCCCGGACUAGCCGAGGAACAGGGAUUUGAGACUCCUGUUGGGACACAGUUGGUCUGCAGUCGACCCAGGACGGUCUACUCAGCACAGCUGACUGCUUCCGUGCUGCUAUCAGAAGAUGUCUUUUAUCUUUUGUGAAUGAUUGGAACUUUUAAACCUCACCUCACCUCCCCUCCUCCUUUCCUCUCUGCACCUGUUUUUCCUCAUUUGGUUCCAGACAAAGAUGACUUAUAAAUAUAUUUAGUGUUUUGCCAGAAUCUCUCUUGCUUUGCCAUUAAGCAGAAGAACUAGUUUCCCCAUAUAGCCUUCUGGGAGACCAACUUCUAGGGGACAGGGGAUACAACUUCAAGCCAGACAGCACCCAAUUUCUCCCUGUGAACCACAGGAAUGCCCAGCACCUGGCAGGAUCAGCUCAGCCCCACUGUGCUUAGGAGGAGACAGCCGUCUUAUGGCCUUUGGGGCAAGAAAGAAAGAAAACAAGAAUCCACACUGGAAGAUCUGGGCCUCUUUCCUUUCAUCUCUUGCUCUGUUUCCCUCGUCCCCUCUCACUCCCACACCCCCCUUCAGCCUUUUUCUGCGCCACCUGAGAAGAAAGAGUAUGAAGAGAGUAAUCUCAGUUAACAUGAGCCAAAUCAGCGAGAAAAUGCCACACCUGGAAGAGCUAAAUGCUGUUCGGUCAGAAUCUCAAACCCAGGCUUUUGCUGCAGGUGACCCUAUGUGGCAGCAGUGGGUUCUUGGAAGGUACCCUCAUCAUAUUUGCAACUCUUCUCUCUUCUUCUAACACCACCCGCCUCCAAAAAUGGUGGGGGCAGGGGCAGAAAUUGCCUGGGCUCCAUCAAUGGCCGCAUCUUUUCUGGACUCAGCAGUCUCCUUGAUGCCAUGUAGAGUGUGGAAAGGAGCUGCUGAUUGCAUUUCCUCUCAUUAACAAUUAGAUGUGUAAUAAAAAGCAUUGUACUUCAUCUUAAA